UAAAAAGCGCGCGUCUCGAGAUAAAUGCGAAAAAUAUUGUAUCUCAAUGGCCGCGGUGUUUCCGAUGUGAAAAUUAAACGAAACCGUAUUCAUUAUUUUGUGUUUGUUCUGCUCAACAGAAAAGUGUGUAUUAAAAAACCUCAAUAGCACCCACAUUACGACGAGAAAACUCAAACGACAAAACCAUAGUUGAAUUGAGUGAGAAUAAUAUAUAUAUAUAUAUAGAGAGAGAGAGAGUAAAUACACCGCUACAAUGUCGGAAGAAGUAGAUCGCAACGAUCCCGAGCUGAAAUACCUUUCGGUGGAACAGAACCAAUACAAUGAUCCGGCCACACAGGCGGAAUGGACACAGAAGCGCCUGGUCUGGGUGCCCCACGAGAAUCAAGGUAUGCAUUGUUGCUUGCAUUUUUCCGCAACAUGGAACGCGAUUAUUGCUUUCCGCCAAUGAAAAUUAUGGCAGGAAACGGCUGCGACAGAAUGUCAGGAUGCGUCGUGUUAAUAUUCCCCAAUAAUUGGUAAUAUUCACCCUAAGUCGAUGUCCAAAUAUAGUAAUUUAAGAACAUAAUUUAAAAGUAUGGAAUGGGACUCAUUGUUGUCAACCGGUUAUUACCGAUUCAAAUAAAUAC